AUGGCGGAGGCCUCAGAAGAUGGCGCCAAGCCGGCUACUACCACAGGGGACCGUCAUCAAACGACGCUCGCUUGCUUAGCUCACAUCAGCCACUCAGACAAUCACCCCCUGACCCUGAAACUGGCUGACAGAUUGGAACAGGAACAACCCUGCAAACUGAAAGCCGCCUUACCUGACCAGGCCUCACCCAGCACACGCCAUCGACGAAACAUCACUAAGCGGAAAGUGCGGGAAAAUGGCGUCGGAGCUGAAGCCUUUCCCAGCCUGCUCGCAACCCUGCUUAAACACUCGGAGCAAAAGACGGGAAUCCUCCUGAAAGACCAGCACGACAUCGGUGGGGACCCCACAGAGGACGGCAUUAGGUGGAACUCAUCCAUCGACAGCUCCCACCGGCCGAUUCACUGUGAGCCGGUUCAACAUGCGGCAGGCAACAGGGCAGCAGGACACUGUACACACGCAAGCAGGCAGUGGGCAGCUAUAAUUGCACGAAAGAAAGAAACCAAAGCUGAAGAAUUGCAGGAGGCAAAAGAAGAGAUUGCCAAUUUUGAAAAGGAAAUUGCACAGAAAUUGAACCAAGCUCGUGAUAUAGAUGGCUCUGAAAUUUUACGAGGAGAUGAGUUUAAACGUUAUGUCAGCAAGCUUCGUGGGAAGAGCACUGUGUUUAAGAAAAAACGUCAAGAAAUGGCAGAACUGAGUGCAGAAUGCGGAGUCCUGCAGAGAACGGAACAAGUUUUGAAGCACCGCCAUGACCACAUGCAGCAACAGCUGCAAACAAUGGAACAAAAAAAGGGUAUUUCUGGCUACAGUGACACACAAGAAGAGUUGGAAAGGGUAUCUGCCUUAAAAAGUGAGGUGGACGAAAAAAAAGGACGGACUCUUGAUGACAUGUCUGAUAUGGUAAAGAAAUUGAAUUCCAUGAUUGCAGAUAAGAAGACUGCAUUAGCACCUGUUAUUAAAGAACUGAGACCUCUACGUCAAAAACGUCAGGAACUGACCCAGGAGUAUGAUGAAAAGAAGGCACAGUAUGACAGCUGUGCUGCCGGACUGGAGAGCAAUCGUUCCAAGUUAGAGCAGGAUGUGCGAAGCUUACAGGAAGAGUGCAGCCAGGCUGAAAGCCAAUAUCACUACAUCAACUUGAUUAAAAAGAGCAUUGAAAUGCAAAUCAAGCGCACAGCAGAUGAAAUGAAAGCGUAUGUUUCUCCAGAUUCACAGGAAAGAAGGAAGUCAAUCAGAGAACAAUAUACAAGGAAUAUUGCUGAGCAAGAGAAUUUGGGAAAGAAAUUACGAGAAACUCAAAAAUCUGUUCGAGAAAGCCAUGGCCUAAAUAUGAAACAAGUGAAGAUGUGGCGUGAUUUUGAGAAACUUAUGGAGUGUAAAAAACAGUGCUUUCUGAAGAUACAAAACCAGGCAUCACUUGGUCAGGUUAUUCAAGAGGGAGGAGAAGACAGGCUUAUAUUAUAGGUCAUGUGCAUUCAGGAUAAUAUGUAUGUGGUUUAGAUUAAUCAUUCCAAGGUUUAUUAUAAAUGUUUGUUAAAUAUUACGUUUAUAUCUUUUCAGCAUUGUGACAUGUUUUUUUCCAGUGAUCUGUGAACUGUGUUCAGGCCUCAUUGCCAGUGGAAGUUAAAUCUCAAUUAAUAAUUAAAGUAACUUUGUUUACU